GCUAUUUGACAAACCAAGUGACAAGACAAAUAAACAAACUCGUCGACUAGGUAUUCUGAUUUUUAUCGUGUAAUUUCCAAGUUUUUAUUACUAAAACUCUUUAAUUAAUUAACCGGUAAUGAAUUUUUAUACCUCUCCCACAUACCACCACAAAAAGUAGCUCUUAGACCGUGCUAACAUGACUGUUGAACUCCAAGGCGACGAUUGGGAGUUAGCAUGCUCAGAUGACGAGCUUUCGAAAUCAGGAGUUUUCAUCGGAAAGAACUGGAUGCCAGAUCCUGCAGAACUGGAGGGACUUUACAAGAGUAUAGACAAAAGCGGAACUUUGAAUUUGGAAUGGAAAUGCCCAGGCAGACGGGCGCCUACUCCUGUGCCGGUUAGUAAUUCGAAUCAACCUGAAAUGCCCGCGUCUCCGGUCAGAGAAGAGAAAUCAGACUUUGAUUUUAUGGAUGAAGUGAAUUCCUUGAGUUUAAGAGUGCGCAGGGAUGGCGAGGACACACUUAGGGGCUCUGCAAAGAAGAAGACCACAUCCUUUGAUGGUAUUUUGUCUAAUAUGAUUAGACACAAAAGAAUAGAGCAGAUGGAAAAGCAGGCAACCCCUGGGACACCUUCUUCUAAUGCCAGUUGAUUUAAUACAACUGAAUGUAUUGUAUGGAUAAACUGAAGUGUAAUAUAAAAAGGUAUUGAGCAUUAACUAUUAUGCAAGCAAGUGUAUAUACAUGCUUAUAACAACAAUUUGCAUUUGAUUGUUCUUGAUACAAAAAGCUGGUGUUAACAAAAUGUUUUUCAAGUCAAGAUAGAACUGUAGUGAAUUUAAUAAAUGGGAAUAUUAUAUUAUUUGUGCUUAUUAUUUUAAAAAUUUAUUUGAAAAUAUUGCUUUGUUUUAAAAUUUUCAAAUUUAAGACAAGCAACACUUGGAUG